AUGGCUUCAGUUAUACUAGGAAUCCUUCUAGUACUCGUUCCACUUCCCCUUUCCGCCGAAGCUCAGAUCCGCGGCAACUUGACCUUGGGCUCCUUUUCGACGGCAAACGACCAGAACUCUUCCUGGCUGUCGCCGUCUGGCGAGUUUGCCUUCGGGUUCCGGAGAAUGGGAACAGGAGCUCAUUUGUUGGCUAUAUGGUUCGAGAAGAUAGAGGACAAGACCAUCGUCUGGUCGGCGAAUGGCGAUAAUCUAGCGCCCGAAGGUUCGCAAGUCCAGUUGACCGCCAACGGCGGGCUGGUGCUUACCGACCCAAGAGAGAGAGAGCUGUGGUCUUCUGGCCUGAACGGCAAUGGCUUAGCGUAUGCGGCCAUGCUCGACACGGGGAACUUCAUCCUAGCAAGCGCGAACCACGUCAACUUGUGGGAUUCGUUCAGCCAACCAACGGAUACAAUAUUGCCUACGCAGCAGUUAGAUCUUGGGGCUAAUGUUAAAGCUCGCUAUUCCGAAACGAAUUACUCCACCGGGAGAUUCCUCUUCGCACUGCAAACCGACGGAAAUCUCGUGCUCUAUGCCACUCCUACCCCGCUGGUAGUCUCAGAUGCAUACUGGGCCACCAACACCAUCACCGCUGGCCGUAUGGGCUUCCGGUUGAUAUUCAAUCAAAGUGGUCAGGUCUACCUCACGGACAGGAAUGGAACAAUACUCAACACCAUCACCGCAGAACUAGUUCCAACAAGCGGAUAUUACCAAAGAGCGAUCCUUGAAUACGACGGGGUAUUUAGGCAAUAUAUCCACCCUAAGACGGCAAAUUCAAGUUCUGGCCGGCUUAUUGGCUGGUCGAGGGUCUCUGCCCCAGUCCCACAAAAUUUAUGCACGAGCAUCGCCCAACAGAUUGGCAGUGGAGCUUGUGGCUUCAACAGCUACUGCACUCUUGGAGAUGAUCUGAGGCCUCGAUGCCAAUGCCCACCUGGAUAUACUCUGUUAGAUUCAACGAACGAGAUGAACGGAUGCAUACAGGCCUUCGCACCACAGAAUUGUAACGGAAGUAGGCAUGAAACAGACCAAUUCGAUUUGCUUGAAAUGCCCAAUACAAACUGGCCAGAGUCUGAUUACGAGCGUAGCGUGGCACAAACUGAGGACUGGUGCAGAGAGGCUUGCUUGGCUGAUUGUUUUUGCGCAGUCGCCAUUUUCGGCGAUGGAAUUUGCUGGAAAAAGAAGAUCCCUCUUUCAAAUGGAAGGAAGGAUUCAUCGGAGGCUGGAACUAAAGCUCUGAUCAAGGUCAGGAUACAUAACAGGACUUCAAAAUCUCUUUAG